CUCUCUCUCUCUCUCUCUCUCUCUCUCUCUCUCUGUGGAGUGUUAUAUAUAACUCUACAGUCAGAGAGCUUCUUCCCCACCAAACAAAAGACUCUGAGAUCGAAUCCCAAAAUACCGAAAUGGGUUUCUCUCUCCACUUGUUCUUAUUCCUUCUCUGUCUCUCGAUCUCAUAUCCAUUCGUAUCUGCGACGGGACAAGAACAGAGCAGCUCUUACUCCAACAGCAGCAGCGACAAUGGCGUCUUCGGAGCGAGGAAGCUAGCCGGGAAAUGCAACUGGUUCAGAGGGAGAUGGGUUUACGACGCCAAGUACCCAUUGUACGAUCCGUACAAAUGCCCCUUCAUAGACCCGCAGUUCAACUGCAAGAAGUACGGUCGUCCCGACAGUCUCUACCUCAAGUACCGGUGGCAACCCUUCUCCUGUUCCCUCCCCAGGUUCAAUGGGCUGUACUUCUUGAGGAAGAUGAAGGGGAAGAAGAUAAUGUUCGUGGGAGAUUCGCUGAGCUCGAACAUGUGGCAGUCCCUGGCUUGUCUGAUUUACUCCUGGGCUCCUAACUCCAGAUUCACUCUUCUCCGACAAAAGGGUCUCUCCUCUCUCACCUUCGAGGAUUAUAAGGUGACGUUGCUGUUAUACAGAACGCAGUUUCUGGUGGAUCUUGACUCGGAGAAAGUGGGGCGAGUCCUGAAGCUUGACUCGAUCAAGCAAGGCAACAUGUGGAGAGGCAUGGACGUCUUGAUCUUCGACACGUGGCACUGGUGGACCCACACCGAGCGCAUCCAGCCGUGGGAUUACAUGGAAGACGGGAGGAGGCUUUACAAGGACAUGGACAGGCUGGUCGCUUUCUACAAAGGCUUGACCACGUGGGCUCGCUGGAUCAAUGCCAACGUCGACCCUUCCAAGACCAAGGUCUUCUUCAAUGGCGUCUCUCCCACCCAUUACGAGGGUAAGGACUGGAACGAGCCGAUGAAGUCGUGUUCGAGCCAGACACAACCCUACUUUGGACCCAAGUACCCAGCAGGGACGCCAAUGGCGUGGGUGGUGGUGAACAAAGUGUUGAGCCGGGUGAAGAAACCGGUGUACUGGCUCGACAUAACGGGAUUGUCUCAGCUGAGGAAAGACGCGCACCCUUCGGCCUACAGUGGGAACCACCCAGGCAAUGACUGCAGCCACUGGUGCCUCCCUGGCUUGCCCGACACUUGGAACAUCCUCUUCUAUGGUGCUCUUCUCACUUAACUGGCUACUCUUUUUCUCACCUUUUUUUUUUUAAUGUUUUUGUCCCAUAGGUAUUCGAUUAUCCUUUUUCCUUUUCUUGUUUUUUCGAUUUGCAGUUUGAUCUAAUUGUAAUGAAAAUUUGUCUUCUCUCGA